GUUUUCAGCGCGAUCGCAUACUCCGCAUACCGCAUGUUCAAAUCCAGAGGACGAAGAGGAUAGUUGAAAAUUUUCUGUUGGUGAAAGCUGCUUCUGAUGAAUGAUUGUUGAUAUUAAAUUGAAGAAAUGGCUCAGAAAACUGCACAGAAAAAAUCCAAAUCAGCAGCAAAUAUUAAAACAAAGACUGUUCCAAACAAAACUAAAUCAAAACCUCUGAGUAAUGGUUACAAAGAGACCGAAUCCGAAAAGGCUUCUAAUAGGAGAAAACAGAUGUCAAAAGUGUCUGAAGAUAAACUAACUUCAGAGGAAGAAGUAAAAACAGCCGUAGAAAAUUCUUCUGAAGCUGUGCAAAUGGAAGCUGAACAUGAAGCAGUUCCGGAGGAAUCGCAGAAAGUUUCUGAAAUCAAAGUUUUAAAAUCAGCCAGUGAGUCAAAUCUGAAAACGGAAAAGAAUCGUAAACGCAAAAAUGUUCCGCUCGAAAACGGUUCUGAAACAGUUCAGAAGGAAACUGAAGAAAAGAAAAGAUCAAAAAUGAGCAAAACAAAAGCAAAGAAGCAAAAAUUUAGUAUUCAAGUUCCUCCUCGGAAGACGGUAUCAGGCAAAAUUUUUGUUAUUGGAGACAAUGGUGUUGGUGCUUUGGGUCUUGGGCAAGAUGUCGAAGAAAAGAAACGGCCUGCACUUCUUGACCUACCUCAAGCAAUGGUGGAUGUUGCUGCCGGUGGAAUGCAUUCGGUCUGCCUCACCGAAAGUGGAGAGGUUAUCACAUUCGGAUGCAAUGAUGAAGGUGCGCUGGGCCGUCCGACAAGUGAAGAACCGGCAACAGAUGAAGACUCUCCUUUCAUUCCCCACAGAGUUGAAAUUCCUGAGAGAAUAGUUCAAGUGUGUGCUGGAGACUCGCAUUCUGCAGCUCUUUCGCAGUCAGGGCAAGUUUACAUUUGGGGCAAUUUCAGGAGUGGUGAUGGUCCAAUGGGUUUAACACCUGAUGGACAGAAACAGACUUCUCCAAUCAGGAUAUUGCCUGGGGUUACUAUAGUUAAGAUUGCCUCUGGAACCGAUCAUUUUGCGUGCCUCUCGGCUGAUGGCUCAGUUUACACGUUUGGCUGUGCAGAGAAUGGUCAGCUGGGCAGAGUGCCGGAAAGAAGAUCUAGAAAUGGUGGACGUGGAGGUCUAGCUACAUUGUUGGAACCUAAUAUUGUACAUGUUUCAAGUUCAAGCAAAUCUCUUACCAUUGAUGAAGUGUGGACUGGAGAUUAUGCCACAUUUUUACGUGCCCACGAUACAGGCUCUAUAUGGGCAUUUGGCCUUAAUAAUUACAAUCAUUUAGGCUAUGAAGGUGAAAGAGUGAGUUUUAUACCAAAGAAAGUUUCAUCAUUUGAUAAUAAAGAGUGGAAAGAAAUCAGUGGUGGUCAACAUCAUACACUAACUUUAGAUACUGAAGGUUUGGUAUAUUCUAUGGGAAGGAAAGAUUAUGGAAGAUUAGGUCUCGGUGAAAAUUGUGAUGAUACGUCUAGUCCAACAGUGAUUCCUACAUUAGCAAAUGAAAGAUGUACUAAUGUAUCAUGUGGUGGUAAUUGUGUAUCUUUUGCAGUGACUGAGCAAGGAUAUGUAUUUUCAUGGGGCUUAGGAGAUAACUAUCAACUAGGGCACGGAGACGACGAGGAUCGCCAUGUGCCGAAACAGAUAGAGGGCAAUUUUGCAAAAUCCUGGAAGGUGUUGAAGGUGGCUGGUGGUGGGAUGCAUACUCUAAUACUUGCAUGCCCCAGAGAGAGCACAACCACUACCAGUACAAAAUGAUGUUUGAACUAUUUAUAUUUGUUUUAUGAACUAAAGGGGUCGAAGUUGUCACACUACCUGCCAAAUCGAUUGUAUAGUGCUGUGACUAAUAAAAUAUUUUAAUGUAUUUUCAA